AUGCUGAUCCCCAGAAUCUCAGAGUAUAAGAAGAGAGAAGAAUCUCAGUUUGCUCAACUUCUUGACUUCGUCUAUGAUAUUCUCGGUGCUGGUGCCUUUAACCUGGACAAAAACCGCUGGGGCGAGGACAAUGGAUCUGGCAGCGGGUGCAUCGGAGUGGACUCACCUUCAGGAGACAAAUUCGCUUGGCAUGCUACCUGGAGCUGGUCUGGCGGUGCUGGCAAAGUCAAGAGUUACCAGAAUGCACUGCCGACCAACUAUACCCCUGCACAACUCUGUAGUUUUCCGUCUAUCCCAUCAACUUGGGAUUGGAGCUACACGAGCAGCGACCUCAUUGCUGAUGUCGCAUAUGACAUCUUCACGGGUUCCUCCGCCACUGGAAGUGCUGAAUUCGAGAUCAUGAUCUGGCUUGCUGCCUUGGGAGGUGCAGGGCCCAUCUCCAGCUCUGGUUCUGCGAUUACAAACCCAACUAUUAGAGGAAACUCGUGGAAGCUCUUCCAGGGAACUAACGCAGCAACUACGGUCUUUAUUUUUGUGGCGGCUUCUGAAAUACAGUCGUACUACGGUGAUCUGAUUGACUUCUUCAAUUAUCUUGUUUCGCACCAGGGCUUUUCGACUAGUCAGUAUGUUCAAAGUAUCGGUGCUGGUACUGAGCCAUUCACUGGCUCAAAUGCUGUCUUUACUACGACCGCCUACACUCUUUCUAUUUGAGGUUGCUUCCAGGCCCUCUGGAGGGUGAUUCUAUCAAUGUCAACCGGUGUCUCCCGACUAAUUAAACUAUAUAUUGCGAUUAGUAGUCCUACUCUUCUUCUCGUUGCCCACUUUUUGUUAUUUUAAAAAUUGAGGAUUAAAUAUAUGAAAUAAAUUAGGUAUCAACAGGUCUAUCUUCGCAUCCCAUAUGUGGC